AUGAAGAAGACUGCCCAAAAGUACAAGGUUGACGAUGAGGAGCGUAAGAAGGCAGCCUUACUUAAGAACAAAUUGGAAAAUUAUGUAUACGAGGUAAAGGGAACCUUAAGCAGUAGUGGAAAGAAGAUGAAUAACAAGGAUAAAAGAAAAUUAGUUAACGCCAUUGAGAAAAUAACCCAGUGGCUGGAGUGGAACUAUUUGCUUGCUGAAGCUGUUAAGUUGGAGGAGAAAAUAGAAAAGUUUAAAAGCAUAUGCGAGGCUUUGAUCACACAGAUGCACCAUCAGGAGGAUGGUUCUGCUAAGGCUAGCAGUGGUUGCUCCAAGAUCGAUAUUAUAGAACUUGAUUAA